AUGCAAUCGCGUGCAGUUGAUACGCGUGUGCAGUUCGAAAUUUCCGAAGGACUGCCACCGGGAACGACGGUCGGUUUUAUUCCUAUGAAAACAGGAUUUACAUAUCGCUUUAACGAAGCGCCAUUAGAAUUUACACUUGAUUCGCGAACGGGUGAAAUUAGGACGAAUAUAACUCUGGACCGCGAAGAUUUGACGAACGGUCGUUGUGAUUUAGUUGUGUUAUCCAGUCAGCCUACAUAUCCUAUAGAAGUGCGUAUCAUUGUGAUAGAUGUGAAUGACAACCCACCGCGUUUUCCGGAACAAAGUAUAUCAGUGUCGUUUUCCGAAAGUGCUGCCGCAGGCACCAGGUUGCUUUUGGACGCCGCGAGUGAUCUGGACGGUGGACAGAAUGGUGUAACGGACGAUUAUAAAAUAGUGAAUGGUAAUGCGGAUGGUAAAUUUUGUUUAGCCGUGACAGAAAAUCCUAGUGGUCAAGCUUCAUAUUUACACCUAGAAACAACGGGUAGUCUAGAUCGCGAAGCGCUUGAAUUUUAUUAUUUAAAUAUUUCGGUUAGGGAUGGCGGUGAACCACCUUUAUAUGGAUACUUGCAAGUUAAUGUGACAGUGUUGGAUGUGAAUGACAAUCCGCCAGUUUUUGAGCAAGUGGAUUAUAUUAUUUCGCUAAAUGAAAGCCUGCCUUCUGGGAGUCCAGUUCUACAGGUAUUAGCCACUGACAAAGACAGUGGCGAAAACGGUCGCAUAACUUAUUAUUUAUCAGAGUUAGAAACAAAAUUCACAGUCGAUCCUGAAACAGGAGUUAUUUCUACAGCGGAAAUUUUAUCAUGUCCACAACAAAAUUGUCCUGCGGUAGGAAAAUCCUGUCCCAAGUCCUGUGUUUUUACAGUUUAUGCCAGAGAUCACGGCAUGCCCAGACAAGAUGGCAGAACUUACGUUACCGUCAAUCUUGUCGAUGCCAAUGAUCAUGAUCCUUUGAUUCGAUUUCGAUAUUUUCCUCCCACAGCGGGAUAUGCAACAGUCGAUGAAAAUGCAGCAAACAGUUCUUUAGUGGCUGCCGUUUCAGUAGAAGAUGGCGACGAAGGUGCUAAUGGAGAUACUAUAGUUCGGAUAGUUUCAGGUAAUGAAAUGAAUCAUUUUCGAUUAGACAAAACUGGUAGUUUUCAUAUAGUGCGCGUUAAUGGCGCACUAGAUCGCGAGGAAAUUGGAAAAUAUAAUUUAACGAUUGUAGCACAAGAUAGGGGUAUUCCGCCAAGAACCACAACUGCUUUUUUAAUUAUUAGAGUCAACGACGUUAACGAUCAUGAGCCGGUUUUUGGAAAAUCCGAAUAUUCAGCAGUACUUAGUGAAUUGGCUGCUCCAGGCACAUACGUAGCCAGCGUAACUGCAACCGAUCAGGAUACGGGAGUAAAUGCACUAUUACAUUAUGCUUUUGUAUCAGGUGACGAUCACGGUUGGUUUAAAAUAGACUCUAAUUCUGGGCUCAUAACGACGGCAACCGCAUUAGACAGAGAAUUGCAAGGUACUGUUACCCUUAAAGUUUCAGCUCGAGAUGGUGGGCCUAAUCCGAAAUGGGCGCACACGCAGCUCAAAGUAACUAUUUUAGAUGAGAACGAUGAAUCGCCGUCAUUUUCUCAAGAAUAUAUCAAUGUAACACUUUCCGAGGAUACACCCCCUAACACAUUAAUCGCCAUGCUGACAGCUUCGGAUCCAGACCAAGGUACAAACGGUAGCGUAACAUACGAUUUUCACCCUUCUAUACGUCGUAAGUAUUCGGAGAUAUUUGCGCUCGAUUCACUAACGGGACGUUUGACCACAAAAUCCAGUUUAGAUCGUGAAGCUCAAUCUUACUACAAAAUUCGCAUAUUAGCACGUGACCAAGGCAUACCACCUCAAAGUGCCACAGCUGUUGUAAAUUUGUACCUAUCUGAUGUCAACGACAAUAGCCCAAGUUUUUAUCCGUUGCGAUAUUUUCGAAUCGUGUCCGUGAGAAGUCCAUACGGUACUGUAAUAGUUAAAGUAAUCGCCACUGAUUUAGAUAUUGGAAAUAAUUCUGUGAUAGCUUAUACAUUGGAAUCUGGAAAUGAAAAUAUGUUCGCGUUAAAUCCGAGAACUGGAGAGGUAUCACUGUUACCUGGAUUUUCAACAUCUCACGAGCGUUUAUUUACAUUAGUUAUAUCUGCAAAAGACACUGGGGGUAGACGUGCUUCCAAUAAUGCUAUUGUAAAAAUAAUUAAAGAACAAUAUCGAACAGAGUUAAAUUUUUUAAAUUUUGAUAAAUAUAGUUUUAAAAUUCUCGAGGAUCAUGGUAACAAAACACCUCAAAUUGGUAGACAAGUAGGCCGUAUAUAUAGUAAUGUAAAUCCUGUCAAUUAUUCUAUAUUAUAUGGCGAUCCUGAUCAAAUAUUUAGUAUCGAAGAGCAGAGUGGUAUAAUAUCAACGUCAGGAAAAUUAGAUAGAGAACAGCAAAACUUUUAUACAUUAACGAUCGCCGCAACGGCGGGGUUGGCGUACGGAGAAACGCAUGUUAACAUAACCGUGCUGGACUUGAAUGAUAAUUUGCCGCAAUUUUCCGAUCAGAACGAAAGCCUUUGGCUAGCUCAAGAUUCAGCUGUGGGCAAAGAGAUCUAUUCGGCGCGAGCACGCGAUUAUGAUGCGGGGAUCAACAGCCAAUUGAAGUACACUUUGCUGCAACAAAAUCCCGACGAUCAAUUUCGAAUCUCUGAAACGACUGGGGUCAUUUAUUUGAAACGGCCAAUCAAGACUCAACCGGGAACGUCGAUGAGCCUCGAGGUAUCCGCUACUGAUAGUGGCGAACCACCACUUACUUCGACUUGCCAAUUGAAAAUACUUGUAGGGGAUGUCAACGAUCACACGCCAAACUUUCGAUACACUUCUUAUGAAACUUCGAUAUCAGAAACUACGCCAGUGAAUUCAAGAUUCUUUUUUAUGUCAGCGAUGGACGCAGAUUUAGGUGAUAAUGGCAGAAUUUCAUAUGAUAUUAUACAAGGUAACGAUGAUGAAAAAUUUGGUGUAUUUCCUGAUGGUUCUAUAUAUAUUCGAACAGCUUUGGACAGAGAAGAGCAAGAUUUUUAUAUUUUAACAAUAUCGGCAAAUGAUUCGGGAAUACCUGUUAGAAAGUCUGAAGUUCCUCUAAUUGUCCACGUGUUAGAUGAAAAUGACAAUAUUCCAGAGUUUCUUAACAGUACAUUUACUUUUAGCAUUCGUGAAAAUGAAGCACCAGACUCAUUCAUUGGUCAAGUAUCAGCACAAGAUCGAGAUAUUGGUCGUAAUUCAGAGCUAUUGUACUCUCUGUCAGAGUCGCACAAAGAUUUUAAAAUCGAUGCAAAAAAUGGAUAUAUUAGGGCAAUGAGAUCUUUCGAUCGAGAGGAGUUAUUAAUGUCAACAGGGGUUGAUUAUAUUACUUUUGUGGCAACCGUUAGUGACAGUGGUUCCAAAGUAAGAUUUAAACACAAAGCUAAAGUUAAAGUUUAUAUCACAGAUGUUAAUGAUAAUAUGCCAACGUUUAUUAGAACCCCAUAUCGUACUCAAGUAUCAGAAGGGCUUUCAAUUGGAUCACAAAUUGCGCGCGUGUACACAGACGAUGCAGACGAAGGUUUAAACGGGGACGUAUUUUAUUCAAUCGUAAGUGGCAACGACGAUAAACGCUUCGUCAUAGAUCCAGCGUCCGGUCAGAUCAGCUUGUCAAAACCUUUAGAUCGCGAAGUUGUGAGCAGAUACAAUCUUGUAAUUGAAGCCAAGGACGCAGGCUUAGAGACACGACUGAGUUCAAACUGCACAGUGUCGAUAGAGGUACUAGAUGAAAAUGAUAACGCACCAAAAUUUGCCGAAUCACUAAUGAGAGAAAUUUUAAUAUCAGAAAACACGCCAAUAGAUACUGAAUUGAUGAAGUUUAUAGCAACCGAUACCGAUCUCGGUUUAAAUUCUGAAACUACAUUUUCGAUCACAGGUGGAAACAGAAAAGAUGCUUUCAGAAUUGAUUCCAAUUCGGGUGUUUUAUAUUCACAUAAAACACUCGAUUACGAAGAAUUGGCUUUUUAUAAUUUAAACGUAACGGCAACAGAUGCUGGCCAUCCGAGAUUGUCAACUUCCACUUACUUGCGAGUGGUAAUCGAAGAUGCAAAUGAUAAUGCGCCAGGCUUUCCAAGUACAGCAAUAGUUCGGCAAAUUCGAGAAGGAAUUCCGAUUCACACACCUAUAGUCACAGUAAUCGCAGAAGAUCCAGAUUCGGGAGCUAACGGAAAAGUACUAUAUUCUAUAUCGGUUCAGCAACCCAUUCUCGGUGACCGAAGUAUACGACAUUUUGGAAUCGAUCCUUUAACAGGAGUGAUUCAUACUUUGCUGCCUAUCGACAGAGAAACAAUAGAUACUUUCAGAUUGACAGUUGUAGCAACGGACUCGGCAGAGUUUCCAGAACAAAGGCUUUCAGCAGAAAAACUAGUGACCGUCAUCGUAGAAGACGUAAAUGACAAUGCGCCAGAGUUCAUAUCGAUGAAUGCUGGUAUUAUAAUGCAAAAUGCAAGUGCUGGUUCGUCAAUAAUGCAGGCUCUGGCAAUAGACGCAGAUUCUAGCACAAAUGGUUUAGUAACAUACGAAUUCCUAAGCGGCGAUAUCGAAUUUUUUAGAUUACAACAAAACACCGGAGAAAUCACAUUAAAAAAGGAACUUACUUCUCCGAAAACGAAAUAUCUUUUAGCUUUGAAAGCGACUGAUGAAGCCGUCCAAGCCGAACGUCGAAGUUCAGAUGCGUACAUAACUUUACUUGUGGCUCGCGGUCCAUAUCUCGAUUCUAGAGAAUUCGAAGUGUCGGUUUACGAAAACGAACCUAUCGGUACGAAAGUGUUCACUGUAUCUUUUCCUGGUCUACGCGAAGACCACUUCGAAUUUUACGUGACCGAUGUAGAGAUUAUGAACGGCAAGAAAACCAGACGUCUUUUCGAUAUAGACAUUCGAAGUGGAGUGUUAUCAACCGCGGCAGUACUCGAUAAAGAAACUGAUGUGCAGUCGUAUCAAGUUCACGUCCAUGCGCUGAAUGAAAAGGACUACCAGAGAUUGUAUUACGCAAUGAUUCGCGUGACUGUGCUGGAUCAGAACGAUACACCGCCGCAGUUCCGAGAUCUUCCGUUAUUAUUGGCAGUCUCCGAAGAUCUAGUGCCCGGACAAAUCGUGGGAGUAGUUCGCGCUUGGGACGCAGACACAACGGGAGUAAUAAAAUAUUCUUUAAACGACACCCGAUACUUCGCCAUCGACAAAGAUUCGGGCUCGGUGAGCCUUUUGCAGCCCCUGGACAGAGAGUUGGCCACCGAGCAUCGGCUGCUCGUCAAGGCAGACGACGGCCUGCAGCACACAGACGCCGAACUCACCAUACAGAUACUCGACUCGAACGACAAUGCGCCUGUGUUUUCGAGGUCUUGGUAUUCCAUGGACGUACUGGAGGAUUCUUUGAGGGGGACAUCUGUCGGCACAGUUGUGGCCACUGACUCAGAUUCGGGAGUCAAUGCCAGGGUAUCGUAUUCCUUGCUCCCCGAAUGGGGCUCUGAUGUAUUCUCACUGAAUCCAGUCACAGGGCUCUUAACCCUGGCGGGAAAAUUAGACUAUGAAGAGAUCCAGCAUUACGUGCUGGUCGUCCAGGCCCAGGAUGCCGGUUCGCCCGCCUUGACUUCGACCGCGAUGUUGUACAUCAACGUCAUCGACGUCAACGACAACGCACCAGCGUUCGAACCAAGGACCUACACCAAGAGAAUUCCCGAAAACAUUCCAAAAGGAAGCGAAGUCAUCAAACUUAUAGCCACAGACAAAGACAGCGGUGCAAACAGCAUAAUGAAAUUCAGCACCAUAAAUGGAGAUGAUACAGGCGAUUUUAGCGUUGAUUCAAACGGAAUUAUAAGAACCCAACGUGUGUUAGAUCGCGAAAGUCGUUCAUCGUACACAUUUUCCGUAGUAGCAGUCGACCAAGCACCAAAUGUCGCUAAAAGACUGCAAAGCACGGCACAGGUCACAAUAUUGCUGGACGAUGUGAAUGACGAGUACCCUAUAUUUGUGUCACCAACGUCAGUAUGGGUCUCAGAAGCGGCACCUUUGAAUUCUGUCGUCAUGACUGUGAAGGCCUUCGACAAAGACGAAGGCAGAAAUGGUCAUGUAGAGUAUCAAAUUGUAGAAACUGAUGGCGGUAUAUUCUCCUUGGGGACAAUCGACGGACUUCUUAGAGUUUCGGGAUCUCUGGAUAGAGAAAAGCGCGAUAGAUAUGACCUGAAAAUAUCUGCGAGAGAUCGAGGCGAACCACCAAAAAGUUCCAUACAAACAUUGUCAGUGUUAGUGCGCGAUGAAAACGACAAUGGACCCGCAUUUUCACCAAGACAUUACAGUGCCGGCGUUCCGGAAAACGCUAGUGUUGGCGCUACUGUGCUGCAGGUUUUUGCAACAGACAUAGAUUUUGGAAGAAACGGCCGGGUGCGUUAUUCGAUACUGCAUGAUGAUGAUUCUGAAGAUGCUUCUAGAGACUUUACUGUGUCGGAAGAUACAGGGGCAGUACGAGUUACCAGAACUUUAGAUUUUGAAAGACGAUCACUUUAUAAAUUACGUAUUCUAGCUGAGGAUUGUCCUGACGCUCCUAACCAGACAAGAACUGAUAUCGCAGAAGUCAUUAUCACAAUAUCCGAUGUUAACGAUGUUGCUCCAAGAUUUCCUGAUUCGCCUUAUACUAUUCGUAUUUCUGAGGGUUGGUUACCUCCACCCGGCAUGGCUUUGCUAUCAUUAAAAAACUAUGGACCCGGCGCCGCUAGACCUCGAUAUCGUUUGAUACAUGAUGAUGCUUACGAAGGUAUAUUCCUGUUGAAUUCUGAUACGGGGAAUUUAGAACUUCUUAAGCCGUUGGACAGAGAACAAAGAGAACAGUACACCAUGACGAUAUUAGCUACCGACCAAGGAAGUCCUACACUGACUGGUACAGCUAUCAUAAAAGUAUUUGUUGAGGAUAUUAACGAUCAUUCUCCAAAAUUUGAUAAACCACAAUAUCAAACUUCUGUGAUGGAAGAUUCUCCUGCCGGCACCCAUGUCGUAUCAGCACAUGCUACAGAUGCUGACUUGGGUCAAAACGCAAUCAUAAAGUACAGUCUUCUGGGAGAUUAUUCCGAAAGAUUUCGUAUUAAUGUCGAUACAGGCGAGGUAGUUACAGCAGAAGUCUUGGACAGAGAAGAUAUCGCGGAAUAUAGAUUUACAUUAAUGGCACGAGAUUCUUCGCCAAAUGACCCUAAGGCAAGCGCAGUAGAAUUGAAGGUUACAAUAGCAGAUAUUAAUGACAAUGCACCUCAUUUUACAUCAUCGUUUUACACAGUAGUUAUACCAGAUCGCUCAACAAUUGGUCAAUUUGUUUUUGGAGCGUGGGCGCACGACGCUGAUUUUGGAUCAAAUGGUCAUGUUGAAUAUUCUCUAACCGGAAAAGAUGAUAAUAUUUAUUUUGCUAUAGACAAAACAACUGGAGUUAUUCGAACAGUUCGAGUUUUAGAUAAUGCAAGAAAUAUAGAAAUUACGGCUUCAGAUGGCGGCACCCCGCGCCGUAAUGCUACAGCAAUUCUAAAAAUUCAAACUAAACCCGCACAUCUAUUUCCAAGUUUUGUGACUAGUAAUAGAACGGACGAAUUUUUUGUUCAAGAAAACGCAGAACGCAAAACUGUUUUGAUGACUGUUUCUGCCAGUUCGCCAAAAAGCAAUCCACGAGGUUUGAUUCGUUAUUCAAUUGUUGGAGGGGAUAUUAAUGGAGCAAUUAGUGUAGGUUCAGAAAAUGGAGAAGUUUAUCUAACAGGAAUAGGCUUAGAUUAUGAGAGCGUGAAAAGAAUAGAAAUUUGGAUAGCGGCUGCGGAUUCUGACGAACCGCCCUUGAGCUCUGCCUUGCGUAUUGUAUUGAAUGUCGAAGAUUCUAACGAUAAUAUGCCCAUUCCGAGUAAACUUUUAUAUGAAGUAUCAGUUUUAGAAGAAGAAAUACCUCCUGUACGUGUCGUUACAAUUGAUGCGACUGAUAUGGACUCAGGCGCGAAUGGCGAUAUAACAUAUCGUUUGCUGGAUGACGCAAAUGGUUCUUUCACCAUAAAUGACAAAACUGGAGAAGUGUUCACGGCUGUUAUAUUAGACAGAGAGACUAUAGCACAUUAUGAACUCACUGUUCAGUUAACUGAUCGCGGACUUCCUAGCCUUUCAAGUACCACAACUCUGUCAAUUAGUGUCACAGACAAAAAUGACAAUCCGCCACGUUUUACGAGACUUUAUGCUGUCAAUGUAACGGAGAACUCACCACCGGGCCAUUUUGUAAUAAGACUUACAUCAGUCGACCGCGAUGAAGGUGAAAAUUCUAAUUCGACAUACAGUUUUGUCGAUAAUCCCGGCGAAAAAUUUGCGAUAGAUUCUAUAACAGGAGAAGUCACAGUUGCUGGUACAUUAGAUAGAGAAGUUCAAGAUGAAUAUUUGUUAAAGGUGGCCGCGGUAGAUGAAGCUUGGAGAGCCGAAACUCCACUAACGAUAAGCAUUCAAGAUGAAAAUGAUAAUGCGCCCGAAUUCCAAGAGCAAGUUUAUAGAUUCACAGUUCCUGAAACUAGAAAUGAGCAAGCGCAUCUUUCGUUUAUAGGAGUUGUGUCUGCCUCGGACAAAGAUCGCAUGGGUCCUUAUUCUACGGUCUCCUAUUCUUUGCUUUCAUCUUCAGAUUUGUUCAACAUCGAUCCAAGUUCAGGAGAACUAUACAGUACCGGAUUAUUGCAAUUUUCGACUGGCCGCGAUGCCUCUAUAAGAAAUACGCACACUCUGACUGCAAUUGCAAUGGACGGCGGUAGGCCUCCGUUAAUGUCAACAUGCCAAAUUGUUGUCACGGUAGUUGGACCAAAUUUACACCCACCGAAAUUUACAAAGGAUACAUAUUUUGGUCCUGUACCUAUUGCAGUCUUAUCGAAACCAAGACAUCGUUUACUACGUGUACACGCUGAAGAUGCUGAAGAUAUGGAUAACUUGAUUUACAAAGCGAUAAAUGGAAAUGCAACACAAUACUUUAGUGUUAAUGAACGCACGGGUUGGAUCAGUGUUACUUCUGAAGCUUUUAUCUCAGAAAUUGGAAAAAAAUUCAUAAUGCAAGUUAGAGCAAUUGACAGUGGUUUGCCAUCAAAAUACGAUGAAACAAAUGUAACUUUGAUUAUUGCUGGUAAAAAUCGCCAUUCACCAGAAUUUACGGCACUGAGCUAUCAGGUAAUAGUGCCAGAAAAUGAACCCGUUGGUUCGAUCAUCAUUACAGUAUCGGCUAUUGAUAAAGAUGACGGUCUCAAUGGUAUGAUACGUUACGCAAUUUCAUCCGGCAAUGAACGGAAAGAGUUUGCAAUUGAUCCAGCAACAGGAGCUGUGACCAUUCUUCGUCCCCUAGACUAUGAUAGUUUUCCCGAAUAUCGAUUGAAUAUAACUGCGAAUGAUUUGGGUUAUGAAUCCAGAAACGCUGCUGCCUCACUGACUAUUCUGUUAACUGAUGUAAACGACAACCCACCUGAAUUCGACAAAGAGCUGUAUGUGACAUAUUUGCCAGAAAAUUCUCCAAUAGGAAGCGAAGUUUAUAGAAUAGUUGCCACUGACAAAGAUUCGGCUAGAAAUGCUAUCAUUCAUUAUUCUAUUGUAAGCGGCGACGGCGGACAAUAUUUUACCAUUGAAAAAACUACAGGACUAAUAAAGUCCACAAAAAUGUUUGAUUAUGAGAAACGCCAGAAAUAUGAAUUAACUGUAGGUGCAAGCAAUCCUGAUUCGCUUAUGAAGACAUCAACAAAAAUAAUCAUAAACAUAUCUGGAGUAAACGAGUUUUAUCCUAAGUUCGAUCGGCCAGUGUUUCAUUUUGAGAUAUCUGAAUCGUCUGAAAUUAAUGCAAUUGUGGGGAAGGUUUCAGCUGAGGACAAAGAUAUGGGUGAAGAUGGUUUAAUUUAUUAUUUAUUGGUAGGUUCCAGCAACGACCGCGGUUUUACUAUAUCACACACUGAUGGCACAAUAAAAGUGUCUCGAAGACUUGACCGUGAAACACAAAGUAGAAUUGUUCUGACCGUAUUGGCAAAAAAUGCUGGUCCUAUCUACGGCGAUCGAAUCGAUGAAGCGCAAGUCGUAAUAUCCGUUCAAGACGGAAAUGACCCUCCAGAAUUUGAGAAAAGUCUUUAUGAAGCUGUCAUAUCGGAGGAUGUAGUUCCAGGAACUACUGUCACUUCAGUUAAAGCUUUCGAUAAAGAUUUACGCUUGCAGAAUAAUCAGUUUGUAUAUUCCAUUUUGUCACAAGAUAGUAGUCAUGUUUUUAAAGUUAAUUCUCUAUCCGGAUUAAUAGAAACAGCUGGAAAAUUAGAUAGAGAAAUAAACCCAGAAUAUACAGUUACUGUAGCCGCUAUAGAUACAGGAAACCCGCCACAGACUGGAACAACAACUGUAUUAAUUAAAUUAUCUGAUGUUAAUGACAAUGGACCAGUAUUGAAUCAAAAUCAAUUGGUGGGACAUGUUAUGGAAAAUGAAGCUGUUGGAAGUUUAAUAAUGACUUUAUCUGCAACUGAUCCAGAUUCUAAACCCAAUGGAGCACCUUUUAAAUAUUUUUUAACUGGAGGAACACAUAAAGAUUACGUCACCAUAAAUCAAAAUAAUGGAGAAUUAAAAACAUCGGCAGUUUUAGAUAGAGAAGUCACGCCAGAAUUAGAUAUCGUAAUAGAAAUAGAAGAUAGUGGUGAGCCAGUGCAACGUUCUAAAUAUGCAAUUAAAAUCAUAAUUGACGAUCAAAACGACAAUCCUUCGUUCGCACGCACUCUGUCGAUAGUAUUAUAUUCCUUUAAUAAAGCACUUACGAACACUUCUUUGGCGGAUGUCAGACCAGGAGACCCCGAUUUAAUUGGUGACUAUCAUUGCCAAAUGAAACGCCAAGAUCCCUUUAUUGUAACUCGUGAGUGCGAACUUCAUGCAAUAAAUCAUUUAUCACCAGGAAGAACUUAUACAUUAAGUGUUACAGGAAAUGAUGGACGUCAUGCUGACGUAACGUUUACUAUUACGGUACAAUUAACUGAUAUCGAUAAUUCGACACUCCAAAAUUCGGUUUCAAUACAUAUUGCAAAUACCACAACCGAAUUAUUUUUGCACAAGUUUUAUAAUAAAAUUUAUGAUUUUUUGAUUAAAGACUUAAACAAAAAUGAUGUUUUGAUGAUCUAUAGCGUGCAGGAAUAUGAUUCUGGCAUAGACGUGCUUCUUGCUGUACGUGAGAAUUCGGGAAAGGCUAUGUUAAGCGUUCAUGCAAUGGAAUAUUUGAAGAAACGAAAAAGAGAAUUACAAACAUUGAUUAAUGGAAAUGAAAUAGAAAUCGGCAUCUCGAAAUGUAAAAAAGAUUCCUGCGCAUACAAUGGAAUUUGUAGUGAAUCAAUAAAUAUCAAUCCCGGACACAGUAUAAAAAAUUCACAGAGUUUAACAUUAGCAGGACCUGUCGCACGACAUGAGUAUACAUGUAAAUGUCCAAGUGGAUUCCAAGAUAAAAAUUGUAUACGAAAUAUCGAUCCUUGUAGCGGAGAUCCCUGUUUAAACGAUGGUUUAUGUAUAAGAAAUGGUGAUACAUAUUAUUGCGAAUGCAAUUCUCGGUUCGAUGGUGAACGCUGCGAAACGAAUCGAAUAUCUGGAUGUUAUUCUGAUCCAUGCGCACAUGGUGGUUCUUGCAGAGAAGCUCCUGAUGGUAUAUCCAUAUUUUGCUUGUGCAGACCUGGUUACAGGGGCGAAUUUUGUGAAAUAGAGGCCGAUGUGUGCCGGCCAAAUCCUUGCUUACAUGGAGGAGAAUGUAAAGCCUUUGCCCUAGAUUUUCAAUGCAUAUGCCCCAGUGGCAGGCACGGACGGAGGUGUGAAAAAACUGCGAUUGGUUUUCCAGAAUUGUCAUAUGCAGCAUUUCCAUCACUAGAAGGCUCAUCUAUAGAUGAAAUUUCUAUUGUCUUUUCAACUACAAGACCAAACAGUCUGCUAAUGUAUGAUUAUGGCAUUGCAUCAAAUGGUCGUUCCGAUUUUCUGGCAUUGCAAAUUCUGUCUGGAGUGGCAGUAUUUAGCUUUGGAGGUGCACGCAGUGCCGUUACUACAGUGAAAGCCGGAAAAGAUCUGGGAAAUGGAAAAUGGUGGAAGAUUGUGGUUUCUAGACAAGGCCGUGUAGCAACUUUAGGAGUAUCUGCUUGUAAUAAUCAAGGCGAUGGAUGCGAAGAAUGUAAUCCUGGAGAUAAUAGAUGCUAUUCCGCUGAAACUGGUACCGCCGGAACACUGAAUUUCAAUAAUCAACCACUAUACGUUGGAGGAUUAUCUACUGUAGAUCCCAUCUUAGAUCGACCAGGACAGUUGCAAGCAUUUGAUUUCGUGGGCUGCAUGCUGGUCUUUGUUGUAAAUGGACGACAGUUGGAUAUGAAUCAAACUCUGCACAAAUCUGGGUUAUCUAAUACAUGCGCAGUGGAACAAGACGAAAAUGAAUUAACAUCGUCAACGGAUAUUGUAUCAGUUACUAACGAAGGAUACAUACAAAUAGAAAUUUCAGAAAAACACAGACGACAACAAUUGCUGGAACCGCCGUCCGAAAAAUCAAUUCAAAUAAUGUUUAAAUCUAAUAGUGAUUCGGGUCGUAUAAUCAAAUCAGAAACAGAUUCAAAUCACUAUACGGAUGUCAUAUUGAAUGAUGGAAAUUUGAUUUACAUUUCCCGCCGCGGAACAACAUUUGUUAACAUGACAGGAGCAAUCACAUCAACACCGGGAACGUGGCGUAAUCUUAGCUUACAUUCUUCUGGUGGAUCACUACGGGUGUUGUUAGAUGGUUCUCGUAUAGGAGAUGUUUUGGACACUGCGGGCGUACAUGAUUUUUUGGACCCAUAUUUAAUAAAUAUCAAAAUUGGUGGUCAAGGAUACGAAGGAUGUUUGAGUAAUUUUGUACAGAGUUUAACUAAUGAAUCGUCUGGAAUUUUAGGAACUGCACGUUGGAAGGGUCAAGUACAUACAAAUUGUGGAUUUACAGGACGCAGUGGUGUGGGCGCUGCCAGAGCUCCCGAUCCACUUAGUAUUGGAGUGACCUUAGUUAUAGUAUUCUUUGUCAUACUUUUAGUAGCAAUACUUGUUUCGUUUGUAGCUUUUCGUAUUCGACGACAGCAUAAGGAAAAAUCAUCAGCUUGCGCAAGUGGCACACUGAAACAUAAUGGCAUUGGUGGUGGUCUUAAUUCACAAAAUAAUGAUAGCACUACCAAUCCUAGUUCAUUUUUGCACGAAAAUGGAGACGUCAUACGAGGAGUCGGCGGUCACCAUCUUGGCCCGGAGCUGCUGGCGAAAAAAUAUAAAGAACCACAACGGCCCGAUAUUAUAGAACGCGAAACAGCAAAUAAGCAACGCGAGGAGUCAAGAGGCAAUCUAAUCACAAACGAUCAGCAUCUUUGUUCACCGGACGCACCAGAGCAUUAUGAUUUGGAAAAUGCUUCAUCUAUAGCACCUUCCGACAUCGACGUAGUUUACCAUUAUAAAGGUUUUAGAGAAGCAGGCGCCGCAAGGAAGUAUAAGACGGGUAUAGCGCCUACUGCAAACUUUAAUCAUAAACACUACGCCCCGAGACCGGCCGUGCGGCCGCCAGCAGCAAUAGCCAGACAACAUCGAAGCACGCCUUUAGCGAGACUCUCGCCUAGCAGCGAACUUAGUUCUCAGCAACCACGAAUACUAACACUGCACGACAUAUCCGGAAAACCUUUACAAAGUGCUCUACUGGCGGCCACAUCGAGUUCGGGUGGGGUGGAUAAGGGAAGCGAGAGAAGUUUGGACAGCGUUGAAGCCGGACCUCCUGUAGCCAGGCCACCUCCACGCACGUCCAGUUUAGUUUCUACAUUAGACGCGGUGUCCAGUAGCAGUGAGGUGGUACCCAGAUCGGCUCCGCCAUCAGCUCCACGCAGAGGCUCAUCAAGUUCUAGUGAAAGCGGAAACGAUAGUUUUACAUGUUCCGAAAUAGAAUACGAUGACGAUGAUAAAGACCCAAUUACGAAAAGUAGAUCGGACGCCAUAGGUCCGCCACCUGCGCCGCCGCCUUACGACGCAUUCGAUUCAUCGUUUCGGGGUUCCUUAUCUACUCUAGUCGCUUCAGAUGAUGAUCUGCGGGGGGCAAUGUACCGAUCCAAUAAAUCGAAUCAAGCGAAUGGGCCUAAUUCGAGCUCGACGCUUGGUUGGGAUUAUUUAUUGAACUGGGGGCCAAACUUUGAAAGCCUUGUCGGGGUAUUCAAGGAUAUAGCGGAACUUCCUGAUAAUAUAGGUUCGCGUAAUGGUUCCGUAAACGUAAAACCUUCUGAAGAAUACGUGUGACCUGUAACUUAAUAUUGUGAUAAAACAG